AUGGCUGAUCGUGCCUCGCGCAAUUCCGCCUCGGCCGAGGGCUCCGCGGGUGGGUCCGACGGGUAUCCUGGAUUCCCGCCCCGCCCGGCUGCCGAUGCGACUGGCGCACUGCUGCUUCCGGCCGCUUUGGACCUUCGGGAUUUGGAAGAUGUCACUGAUGCCGAACUCACCACGAUCCUCCGCCGUUGUUCUGCUGCAUUUCUCACCCGCCUCGCCCGACUUUGCGUCCGCAUCGUCCGUGCCGAACCGGAGGUGAUCUACUGCCAGGAACCCUGCAGCAAUCCCGACUGCAAUCAAGCUUGUGGUCGCCGCAUUGACCCUACCCGCCGGCGGGGCCCACUUUGUAGACUGUCUCUGGACUCUUUGGACUUCUGCAGAAUGACGUCCGCCCCGCCUGCAUUCGAUGAUCCAUUGGCCUUGUCCGCCCUGCUUGCCAAAUGGACCGCUCCGGAUAGUCUUCAUCCGCUGCUGGUCGCGAAAGGGUUCCGCACCAUUGCUUCCAUUGCCUAUGCCAUUCCGGGCGAUGGCAGCCCGGAUGACUUUCUGCGCGUGCUGUGGCCGCCCUCCGACCCGGAUAACCCUCCAACCUUGGUGACAUUCGAGGCGUCAUUUGCCCGUCGACUUCUCGUCCAGUCCCGUGCCUUGGUGCAUCCGCCGGCAUCGUCGGCUGGCCCUGCCGCUGCUGCCAUCCCGUCCACGCCCCCGCCCAAGAUCACUGCCGAGAAUGCUGAAACACUCCGUACCAAGUUCAUUGACUCGUAUCCGGGAGAAUUGCUGUCUCCUGCCUCCACACCGUCGGUCGAGUUUUUGAACCGUCUCCGGGCCGAACUGGACAAGCCUACCACCCUUUGGGUGCCAUGGCGCCUUCGCACUUCUGAGCAUGAUCUGCAGAUGUUUUACGAGAACCGGCGGCCCCGCUCCGACGGCCAGCUUCUUCGGCACUUGCUUGAUGGUGUUCCCGAACCGGUUACUGCUCAGGCCCCUGCACACACGUCCGGUCCUGUGGAGCCGGCCUUGAGACGACACCUCGGUCUCCUCAUCACGGCCCUGGCAUUCUUGGGCGAUCUUCACCUCAAGCUCGGCAAAGCAUACGCCGAAAGCUUCAUCUCCGCCGCUACGGCCACUCCGUUGGAUUCGUCGCUCCGCCCCCCUUCCAUGCAGGAGGUUCUCGCCGCUGACAAGGCUGUCUGGGGUGCCAUAGCUGGUUUAAUGAGGGACGAGAAAUUCUCGCUGGCGGACGCAUUGCAAGAGAUCACCGUCACUCGGCACAUGAUCCCCACGGUUCUCUGCCCACGGCCCAGGUCAAUGCCUGCCCCGCCGGUCCGCGACUCCAACCCUCGGGGUGGAGCCAAUGUGGCAAGCGACCGCAUUUCGGAUCAGCUCCACGCCUUUACGCGCGAGCUGCUUUCCCUCGUCCUCAUUAACGGGGGCAUCGCUAUCUUGGAAAAUCCGUCCACGAGCCUGCUCUGGCAUCAUCCGGGCUGCAUGUCUUGGAUUCGCCAUCAUUGCCUUUCCGCUGUGGAGGUCUCCGCCUGCAAUCACGGCCUCGAUGUCUUCAAGUCAUGGACUUUUGUUUCUAACCUAUCCGACCUGUCCGCCUUGGCGUCCUCCUGCCAACACCCGAGAGGCUCCCAUGCUGCUAUUUCUGGCCUCCGUGAUUCUUCCGGCCAGUUUCUUACACGGCAUACGGCGUGUUACCCUGCAUCUCUGUGUUCACGCCUGGCCUCCAUCCUUGCCCCCCUCCUUUCGCAAAACGUGGGUGUGGUUCCGUUCCUGGACUGGGAAAAACGUCUCCUUGCACCAAAGCUGCACUGGCCGAUCCCGGCCUCUCGUGUCGAAGACGGUGCAGGCUCCUGCUCUACCGGAUCCUGGUCCGUGCCCCAGGGUGAGGAUUCCUUUAAGCAGCUGCGUCAGGCCUGGAUGCAGCGAAUUACCCGUCCGGACUUCCUCGGGAAAUUCCGUGCAAACCUGGCGUCCGGCUCCAAAGACCCUCCGUUGUCUGAUGUGGACUUACGUCCCUUCCUUGAGGACCUGCGAUCCUUUUUGAGGUUAUCCGAGAAGGAGUUCGAAACCCUGUUGUGUGUUCCUCCUGGCCAACCCUUCCGUCUGUUCUUGCUCGAAGCCCUGCUGGAGGUUUCCAGGGACCCGGACAUAUCAUUCAUUGACCUGUUGGUUGAGGGUGUUCCGCUUGGGGUUGAUGAAGCAAUGCCCUCUUGUCCCGCACUUUUUCCGCCCUCCGCACCUGUGUCUCCCAAGGUCCCGCUUCAGCACUGUGAGUCCGCUUGGGGUUCCGCUCUUUCUGAUCCUCAAACCGUGGAUUCCCUCCUGGAUUCGGAGAUUCGUGAGGGUUGGGUCCAGCCGGUCCCUGGCGGGUUAGCUGCUCUAAAAGCUAACUAUUCCCGAUCUGCAGUUGGCAAGCUGGGUCUUGUAAAGGCUCCUGAUCGUGACCCCCGCUUGGUGGUCGACAGCAGCGUUUCCGGGGUCACCGACCACACUUCCCUUCCCAACAAAUCCGCCAACCCUACCAUUUCCGGUUUGCGGCGUUGUGCUCCGGCCCGGCCCGCUCUGGAGGCAUUGUUUGCUCUCAUUUUAAAUGUUAGCUGA